AUCAGAAACAACAACAUUUAUUUUUAUUUCAUAUACUAUUAUUUUACUCUCAUGAAGUAACAAAGAAAGAUAAUGGUUCUGCAAUGAUUUUCACUAAAGAAAAAGUUGAGCAAUAAUUGAUUAAUUUGAUUGUUUUAGCAAAAAGUUAUAGUGGGAGAAAAAACAAGGUGGUACAAUAAUUAUGACUGGUCCACACGGCUAGAGGAAAAUGAGAAGGAGGUUUCGUGACUAAUGUUAAAUGCACAACACUGAUAAUCUACCUUCCCAGUUUUUUUUAACAGAUCCGAGAAUAACACAACACUAUCAUUUCUUCUCAUGGCUGUGCAAUCACCUUCUUCUUCUUCCUCUUUGUCUUCCUCUUCCUGCAAUAAUUUCAACUAUGAUGUGUUCAUUAGUUUCAGGGGCACCGACACUAGAUUCAGUUUCACUGGUAAUCUCUAUAAAGCUCUUUCUGACAAUGGAAUCCGAACCUUCAUUGAUGACAAGGAUCUUCAGAGUGGUGAUGAGAUCACACCUUCGCUCCUCAAGAACAUUGAAGACUCGAGGAUUUCCAUUCUUGUAUUCUCUGAGAACUAUGCCACUUCUUCGUUUUGUUUGGACGAACUUGUCCACAUCAUUCAUUGCUCCAAGGAAAAGGGUAGCAUGGUUAUUCCUGUUUUCUAUGGCAUAGAACCUUCUCAUGUGCGACAUCAGAAUAGUAGUUAUGGUGAAGCACUUGCUAAGCAUGAAGAGGUGUUUCAAAAUAACAAGGAAAGCAUGGAGCGUUUGCGUAAAUGGAAGAAAGCUCUUAACCAUGCUGCUAACUUAUCUGGCCACCAUUUCAAUUUUGGAAAUGAAUAUGAACACCAUUUUAUUGGGAAAAUAGUUAAGGAUGUCUCCAACAAGAUCAACCAUGUUCCUUUGCAUGUUGCUGAUUACCUUGUUGGACUUAAAUCUCGAAUAUCAGAAGUGAAUUCACUUCUAGAAUUGGAAUCUAAUGAUGGAGUCUGGAAAAUAGGAAUCCUUGGAACUGGAGGAAUGGGAAAAACAACACUUGCUCAAGCAGUUUAUAAUUCGAUUGCUGAUCAAUUUGAAUGUAAGUGUUUCCUUCACGAUGUGAGAGAAAAUUCACUUAAACAUGGCUUAGAGUUUCUCCAAGAGCAGCUCCUCUCCAAAUCAAUCAGAUUUGAAACUAAGUUUGGACAUGUUAAUGAAGGAAUUCCAGUCAUAAAACGAAGGCUAUCUCAGAAGAAAGUUUUGUUGAUUCUCAAUGAUGUUGACAAACUAAAUCAGUUGGAGAAUUUGGUCGGAGAGCCUGGUUGGCUUGGUCAUGGUAGCAGAGUCAUCAUUACCACUCGAGACAAAUGUUUGUUAUCAUCUCAUGGAAUUAAAAAAAUAUACGAAGCAUAUGGUUUAAACAAGGAACAAGCUCUUGAAUUGGUAAGAACGAAGACUUUUAAAUGUAACAAAACUGAUGCAAGCUAUGAUUACAUUUUAAAUCGUGCAGUUAAAUAUGCUUCUGGCCUUCCAUUAGCUUUAGAAGUAGUGGGUUCCAACUUGUUUGGAAAGAGUAUAGAAGAAUGCGAGUCUACAUUAGAUAAGUAUGAAAGAAUUCCACAUGCAGAUAUUCAAAAGAUACUUAGAAUAAGCUAUGACUCUUUGGAUGAAGAACAACAGAGUGUCUUUUUGGAUAUUGCUUGUUUCUUUAAAUGGCAUGAAAAAGAGUAUACCCAAGAGUUACUUCAUGGUCAUUAUGGUUAUUGCAUAAAAAGCCACAUUGGAGUGUUGGUUGAUAAAUCUCUCAUAAAAUUUAAUAGUGACCCUAAUGUGUCUGAAUUCUUAGCAGUGACAUUACAUGACUUGAUAGAGGACAUGGGUAAAGAAAUCGUCCGACAAGAAUCAAUUAAAGAGCCUGGAAGGCGCAGUAGGUUGUGGUGUUGUGAUGAUAUUGUUCAUGUUUUACAAGAAAACACAGGAAGUAGUAAAAUUGAAAUGAUAAUUCUGAAAUAUCGUCCCUCAACGGAACCUGUAAUAGACAUGAAUGAAAAGGCCUUCAAGAAGAUGACAAAUCUCAAAACACUUAUCGUUGAAGAUGACAAUUUUUCUAAAGGUCCCAAGUAUCUUCCGAGUAGUUUGAGAGUAUUGGAAUGGAGUGGAUUUACUUCGGAGUCUCUAUCAUGUUUUUCGAACAAGAAGUUCAACAACAUUAAAAACUUGACAUUGGACGGUUCUAAAUAUUUAACCCAUAUAUCUGAUGUCUCUGGACUUCCAAAUUUAGAAAAGCUCUCAUUUCAUUGUUGUCAUAGUUUAAUUACAAUUCACAAUUCAAUUGGGUACCUGAUUAAACUUGAAAUCUUAGAUGCAUGGGGUUGCAACAAGCUUGAGAGUUUUCCACCCUUACAAUUGCCCUCUCUUAAGGAAUUGAUAUUAUCUAGGUGUUCGAGUCUCAAGAAUUUUCCAGAAUUAUUAUGCAAGAUGACAAAUAUAGAAGAGAUUGAGUUACAUCGUACUUCCAUAGGAGAAUUGCCAUCUUCAUUUAAAAAUCUCAGUGAACUUCGUCACUUAAGCAUAUCAUUUGUCAAUUUAAAAAUUCUUCCCGAGUGCCUUAGUGAAUGUCACCGUCUUAGGGAGCUUGUAUUGUAUGGCUGCAAUUUUCUUGAGGAAAUUAGAGGGAUUCCACCGAAUCUAAAUUACCUGUCUGCAAUAGAUUGCAAAUCAUUGAGUUCCUCAAGCAGAAGAAUGUUAUUGAGUCAGCAACUACAUGACGCUGGAUGUACCAAUAUUAUUUUGCCAAGCGGAACAGAAGGGAUUCCAGAUUGGUUCGAGCACCAAAGCAGGGAAAACACAAUUUCCUUCUGGUUUCGUAAAAAGAUCCCUUCUAUAACAUGUAUUAUUAUUGUUCCGGAUUAUGUGGUACAUGAAAAAUUCUUGUUUCUCAAUGGCAAAGAAAUUACUCUUACUGAUCGUUUGUUCUAUUAUGUUGAUCAUGAUGAUGAUGUUGUAAUCUGGGGACAUGCAUUUUUGUUUGAUCUGAAAUUGGAGCAGCGUAUUAACGAGAGUUUUGCAAAUGAGACUGAUGAACUGUACGAAGCAUUUAAAAAUAAUGAAUGGAACCAUGUGGAACUUAAGUGCAAGAUAUAUGGUCGUAAUGAUUGGAGUGACACGGAGGAGGAUGAGGAAGAGAUUAACAUAUUAGGCAGUGAUGAGAAAGAGAUUAAAAUAGGAAUCCACGUGUCGUGGAAGGAGAAAAGUAACACGGAGGGGGAUGUGGUAUUCACCAAUCCUUCUAGUAGAAAGAGAAAACUAGAUGAAUAUCUUUUCAAUUAUAGCAAUACUUCAUUAUCACAAUUUGUGCCUCCUCUAAAAAAGCAAAGAUUGAUGGAAGUUAGAGUUUCAGAGACAGAGGAGGAUGCUGAUUAUUUUAGUAAACAGUUUCUAAUUGGAAUGCACUAGGAGAAAAGCAAAAUGAAGGAGGAUGUGAUAUUGAACAAUACUAAUAGUUGAAAGACUUGGGGUACAUUCCUUAGUCUAGGUGCAUCAAAUUGGAGGAGGAUGUGGGGGAAAUGAUAUUCACAAAUCCUUCAUUAUCACAAAAGAUAACGAAACAAUCUGAAAGAAAGAUGUAGGGUACAUUCCUUGGUCAUAAAGUUAACUCUCAAUCUCAACAUUGGAGAAAGGAGAAGCCAUAGCCAUCAACUUGAACUUUUGUUUGACUAUUACAUAAGGGUGCUUUGUAGACAUCAGAAGCAAUCAGGUCUAAUGAAAGGUCGGCCACUUCGAAAACAUAAAUGUGAUAAGGAAGUGAUGUUAUGAGAUGGUUGGGGUUCAAUUUCAUGAUUCCUCCGAAUCUGUUCAUUCUUUGGGAGAAUUGGGAUGGGGUUUCGGGUGUUAAAAAGAUGCGUAAUGGCUUUCGGAUGAUUUGGCAUGCGGUGGUAUGGAGUAUAUGGCAUGCUAGAAACGAUAGAAUUUUUAACAAUAAAAUUGGAGAGGUGGAUGCUCUAGUGGACGACAUCAAGGUCUUAUCUUGGAGAUGGCAUUUGGACCGGUCCAAUUCUCCGGCUUGUAUGUUCUAUGAAUGGCAUUGGAACCCAAAGGAGUGUCUGUUGCGGUAAAGGGUGUCAUUUCUGUUUGCAUUGCGAGGUUGAGGCUGAGGUAUACGGUGUCUGCAGCUGUAGAAUGCUGUCAGUACGCAUAUAGCAGCAUCAAUUUUCUGUGUUUUUGCAACAGGGUGCUGCGGCUGGGUUUCCUGCUGUCAUAGCAGUUUUUUUCUGUUUUGGGAUCUGUUUUGGGGUUUGUUUUCCGGUAUGUCGGAGACAAUUGUAUAUGUUUGCCUCUCGAGUUUGUUGUGCGUCCUGUACACUCUCGAUCUCAAUAAAAUUUGCUGAUUU